UUCCACAUCUGAAAAGAAAUCCACACUUUGACUUGUGACAUUGUUGUUGUUGUAUUUCAGCCGUCCGUUGUAGUUGUCAUAUGAUCAAUUUUCAUUGAGGGCCAGGAAUAAAGAAAAUAUGUUGCGAAUUUGUGCAUUGCUAACGUUCUGCAUUUUAGCAGUUAAUGCCGAUGGCACCUUUUGGGCGAUAAGAGCACGAGAUGAUCUCUUUAAACCCGUACCAAAUGUUCUGCCAGGCGAACAGGUGGGCGAUGUUAUCAAGGCAAUCAGAGGUUUGGCUGUAUCAGACACCGCCGAUUUUCCUGGUCUUGUGAUUAAUGAUCCCUUCGGACUACCAAACAAAGUAAUCGUUGUAGAUGUGGUCGGCUUGAAUGAACUUCCCCUGGGCGAGGAGAACGUAAGUUAUAAGAUUGAAGGCAAAUCUGUAUCAGCCUCAUUAGAAGACCUGAAACUAAGUUCAACAGAAGAUCCCUCAGAUUGUGACAUUAACAUUGCAAGUUCCCAGGAGAAUGAAUUGAGCAACUGCCUUUUGAAAUCCGAUAAGGAAUUCGUUUACGCAAAAAUCGAUCUAUCCAAAUUGGAAAAUGAGGCUGAGAAAUCGAAAGCAGUUUCGGCGUUGACCAACGAACUUAUUAGUGUAGAGCGAAAACUGAAAGGCGAUUCCUCGUUACAAUCAGUGUUGGCUGUAAUUGUUAGUCAUGAAGAUGACAAAGAUAGUAACUUGUCGCGUAAACGACGUGAUACUCUACCUGGAUCCAAAACUAACGCUUACAACCUUGCUGCCUACUACGAUCAAAACUACCCAGUAAUUUUCAACAUUAUUCUAUGGUUCAUGGUUGCUUUGGGUCUUUCGUUGUUGGCCGUUUGCUACGCCAUUGCCGAUAUGGAUCCCGGCAGAGACUCGAUUAUUUACAGAAUGACUUCAACAAGAAUGAAGAAAGAUAAUUAAAUAAUUAUUUCUCUAUAGCUAAUAUUGUUAUUAUACUCUAAAUUCAUUCUGAAUAUUUCAAAGCCAACGCCGAAUCAGCAGAGUAUAUAAGAAAUAAUUGUAAACGUUAAAAAUAGUAGUAUUAUAAUAUUUUGAAGGUUAUUUUAAAGAAAUAGCGGUUCCAUAGAUUGGCUUUAUUUGGAACAUUUAAUUAUUUAAACAUUCUUUUUGAACAAUUCUUGUUUUUCUGCCUACCUCCAAGUAAUACAAGUGUGUGUGUGUGUUGUUUACUUAUUGAAAGUCCAUCAGUAAGAUUUAAUUCAACGAGGUAGUGCAUGUAUUAUAUUUCCCACAAAUAAAUGUUUAGCGGUGGUUAUUAAAUAAGCACUUAAAAAGAA